GGUCAGGCGAGGGCGCCAGUGCCGUCCCGUGUUGCACCACGCGCCCACAGCGUUCGUUUGGCAGUGUCCUGAGGCCGAGGCUGUGCGGCAUCAGAAACACCUGAAGAAACACUGAACUGGGGAGGGAGCUUGGCUGAAAGGAUUCUAGCCAGUGAGACUGCAAAAGCAUGUGGCAAGAAAGACAUUGUACUUUGAAUUCACUUAGCCUGUUAACACAAUGCAAAGAACUUCACGACUGAAGAGAGAGCUGCAUCUGUUGACCACAGAGCCUCCCCCAGGCAUUAUGUUCUGGCAAAACAAAAACCGGAUGGAUGAUCUAGGAGCCCAAAUUUUGGGUGGUGCAAACACGCCAUAUGAUAAAGGAGUUUUCAACUUGGAAGUAGUUGUUCCUGAAAGAUAUCCAUUUGAACCCCCGAAGAUUCGCUUUCUGACACCCAUCUACCAUCCCAACAUUGACUCUGCUGGAAGGAUUUGCCUGGAUGUUCUGAGAUUACCACCCAAAGGUGCCUGGAGGCCAUCCCUGAAUAUCUCCACAUUGCUGACCUCCAUACAGCUUCUGAUGAGCGAGCCUAACCCUGAUGACCCCCUCAUGGCAGACAUAUCCUCGGAGUAUAAAUACAACAAGGAAGUGUUCAUCAAAAAUGCCAAACAAUGGACUGAGAAGCAUGCAAGCCAGCAAAAGAGGGCUUCCAAAACUCCAGAUGAGGAAGUGACCCAAAGCGAGGCUAGCACUCCCAAAGAAUUUGCCAUCUCCCAGAAGAGAAAAGCAAAUGAUAUCAGCAGGAAGGGGAAAAAACCCUGCCUUGAUUCGUAGAGGUUCUCUGUGUAAAUAAACAUUUUUCUGAAUGUGUAACACUGGCAGGUUUCACUUGUCUCUCUCUGAGUGAGCUAACAUUUGCGAUGGAAGGGGGUUGUUUUCAAAUUAAAGCUGCUUUUAUUUUAUUUCAGUAACAUUACAUGUUUUGUAUUCUUGUUUGUCUUGCAUUGUUUGUCUCUAAAUAUUGUGAAGGAAGGCAGAAUUGGGAAUAAUAAAUCAGUCUUACAUGUUUUAGA